AACAACCAAUCGGUGUCAAAAUAGGAGUCCGUACAGAGGGACAGUUUUUAUUUUUAUUUUCUAGCACCAAUUAUAAUGAUUUAAUUGAGCGCCGCGCCAUGUCAUUUAUUAGUUAGUAAUCAAAUAAUAAUAUUUUUGUUUUCUCUCUUAAAAGAGCGAAGUAUGGAGAGUUCUUUACACAUUUUUUGAUCAGGCAUCUUAACGGCCAACUAAACCAGAGAUCAACUGUUCACAGAGGAAAACAUUCAACAACAUAGCAUUUAAAUGGUACCGGUUUCUAACUUUCUACAUAUUAUUUCACGGGUUUAUCGGCGAUAGCUAUGUUUGUUUUUAGCUAACGCUAGCUGCCGGUUUUACGGAGGCUAAAAGUGAUUUUUUUUUAAUAAUGGUAGUGGAGGUGGAAAGCUUCUACGGUGUGUACAUGCUUUACUGCACCAACCCAAAAUUCAAAGGCCGCAUCUACAUCGGCUUCACAGUGAAUCCUGAGCGGCGGAUUGGACAGCACAACGCCGGGAGGCACAAAGGAGGCGCAAAGAGAACCAGCGGCAGAGGGCCGUGGGAGAUGGUUCUUAUUAUCCACGGCUUCCCCUCGGAUAUAGCUGCCCUGAGGUUUGAGUGGGCGUGGCAGCACCCCCACUCCUCCAGACGGCUUUCCCACGUCUCCCGGCGUUCCAAGAAGGAGAGCAGCCUGCAGUUCCACUGGCGCGUCGUCUCCAACAUGCUGAGGGUGGCGCCAUGGAGCAGGCUUCCUCUGACGGCCCGCUGGCUCAGGCAGGAGUACAGGAUGGACUUUGACCCCGGCCUGCAGCCCCCCCUGCACAUCCCCAUCGCCUUCGGCAGCGUGAGGGCCAAGAAGAAGCUGCCGUCGCCGUCUGCAGGGGAAGAGCUGAUGAACACGUGCUUUCUCUGCAAGAAGAUGGCAACGGUAAGAGUCGUGAUGAAAUCGGGAGGAUGGGGUAUAAAACUUCUUUUACAUAUAUGGUUAAUACAACAUGUAAUAAAAAAAAAAUAUAUAUAGAUAAAACGCCAUCAGA